GAGCUCCAGCCUCCAAUGACACCAAAACUAGCCUCACGCGCACACACUUUGAUGCAUUCCAUUAUAUAUACCUCCUCUCGUCUGAGCCAAAUGAGAGUCAAACGCCCUCGUUCGUUUUCUUAAUUGUUUCCCCUGUUCUAGGGUUCGUGAGAUUCCACGUCUCGCGAAGCUCUAGCUUUCUGACCCUCAAAAGGAGGGUUUGGAACCCUAGCUCGCCAGCGAAUCGGUUACAGAAGACCUCAAGUGUUACUAUACUUUGAGUGUACAAGACCAACGCCUGCUUUGAUAUCUUAUACCAAGGCCUGAUUCCAAUGCCUCAUGGUCAGACAUAACUGUUUUGUGGUGGACUGUAAUAUAUACCAUCCAGAUCAGCUUUGAUAUUGGAGGCAGUAUGCCAGUAAUUGUGGGAAGAAAUGCAAAGAUCUUCUGCUGCCAGCUGUGGUGGUGGAGUUAAUAACAACGUCAUUAGUGGGGCAUCUUCUAGGGAAAAUGCUAGGCCUGAGUCAUCCUAUUCCACAUCGAACUUUACCUUGAAUACAAGGCGACAUCCCCAACUAUCCCCGUAUAACCUAAAGUGUGAUAAAGAACCACUCAAUUGCCGACUUGGGCCGCCGGACUUCUAUCCCCAAACCCCAAACUGUCCUGAAGAGACACUAACAAGAGAAUAUCUGCAAUUUGGAUACAAAGAGACUGUUGGAGGAAUUGAGGAAGCUAAAGAGAUUGCAUUGGUUCAGAUUCCAAAUUUUUUAACGCCUGAUCUUAUCAUAAAACGGAAAGAGGCAAUACGAAAAAAGCUCAGAGCUAUCAAUGAAUCUCGCGCACGAAAGAGAAAGGCUGGCCAGGUUUAUGGAGUGCCUCUUUCUGGAUCUCUACUGAUAAAACCUGGUGUUUUCCCAGAGCAAAGGCAUUGUAGUGAAGACUUACGCAGGAAAUGGAUCGAGGCUCUAUCACAACAUCAUAAACGAUUGCAUUCCUUGGCCGAACUUGUUCCUCAUGGUUACAGACGCAAAUUUCUCUUUGAAGUCCUUAUUCGCCAUAGUGUGCCUUUUUUAAGAGCAACAUGGUUUAUCAAAGUGACUUAUCUUAAUCAGGUUCAGCCUGCCUUCACCAGUGUUUCUUCUGGGGCUCCAGAUAAGACACAAUUAUCUUGUGCGGAUUUAUGGACCAAGGAUGUUAUUGGAUACUUGCAACAGCUCUUGAAUGAAUUUUUCUGUAAGGAUGGUUCUCUUCCACCUUCGUCCGGUAGGGAUCAAUCAUCACAGGGUCUUAUUGCCGGACCUGGAUCAGCACAACACAAAGGUGACACUGUCCCAUCUACUUCUGAUGAUGAGGAACCUUCCCUGCACUUUAAAUGGUUGUAUAUGGUGCAGCUUCUACGAUGGCAUUAUUCAGAAGGAUUGCUGCUUCCUUCUCUUAUCAUCGAGUGGGUCCUUAGUCAACUUCAGGAGAAGGAUUCAGCUGAAGCGUUAGAGUUGCUUUUGCCUGUCGUGUUUGAUUUAAUAGAGAGCAUUGUGAUGUCACAGACCUUUGUACGCAUGCUUGUGGAAAUAGCUGUCCGGUCCAUCAAUGGCCUUUCUUCCAGUGACUCUAGUUCAGAAGAUAAUUUGAAAAAGCAAUCGCUUACUUCUUCACUGGUUUGUAUCCUUCGGUACAUGAUUAUUUCUGUGCCGGAUACUUUUGUUGCUUUGGAUUGCUUUCCUCUACCAUCCUGUGUGGUACCUGAUUUAAAUUGUGGAAAUACUGCACCAAAAGUACCUGAGGGUGUAGAUAGUGUAUGCUUUGACAUGCAAGAUACUUAUCUUCAGUACUUGUCCUGUGGCUAUACUGUUUCCUCUAUUCAGAAACGUGCAUCUAAUCUUGCCAAACUCGUAAACCCUAGUUUUCAAGGUCACGGUGGAGCUAAAGUUGUGCAAGCUUUGGAUAGAGCUUUGAUAACUGGCGAUCUGAAGUUUGCCUAUAACUCUCUCUUUGAAGGUUUGUCUGAUAUGGCUAUUGAAGAGCAAUGGGUUGCUGAAGUCAGUCCAUGUUUGCGGUCUUCUUUGAAGUGGAUUGCAACUGUUGGCUUGCCUUUUAUUUGCUCUGUAUUUUUUCUAUGUGAAUGGGCGACAUGUGAUUAUAGAGAUUGCCGUACUGUCCUCCCACAGAGUCAAAAACUUACGGGCAGAAAAGAUUUUUCACAAGUGUAUAUUGCACUCUUGCUUUUGAAGCUUAAACUUGAAGACAUGCAUAGCUCAUCCCAGUCUAAGAGUGGCUGUACAUUGUUAUUCAGUAGCAGCGGAAAAGCAACUUCUGUUCAUGACACUUCAUUAGGUGGAACAUUGGUGGAAAACUUUCCAGAUGUGAAUAAUGUGAUGUUCUCUGGCAGCAGAAAGCAUAAAAUUGAUAUUUUUCAAAGUCCUGGUCCGUUGCAUGACAUUAUUGUGUGUUGGCUAGAUCAGCAUGAAGUUGGGAAUGCUGGGGGUUUUAAGCGUGUUGAAGUUUUCAUGAUGGAACUCAUUCGUAAUGGCAUCUUCUAUCCUCAGGCUUAUGUAAGGCAGCUCAUUGUUAGUGGAAUCAUGGAUAGGAAUGUGACUGCUGUGGAUUUGGAAAGACAAAGAAAACAUCUAAAAAUUCUGAAGCAGCUGCCAGGGUCCUGUUUGGUUGAUGUUCUAGAAGAAGCAAAAAUUGUGGAAGCCCCACUGUUAUAUGAGAUUGUUUGUGUUUACUCAAAUGAGCGUCAGCUUGUGCUUUGUGGACGGGUGAGUGGUAAGUUCAAGGACAGAGGCACCAAAGGUUACAGGUAUCAGAGUUUUGCUCUACAAAAACAUAAGGAUCAUUCUGCUGCUGUAAGAGAUCGUAAGUGUGUCAAAACAAAAGAUGAAGCUGCUGAGCUGAAGAUUUUGAUUUCAACUCUUUUGCACUUUCCUUAUUCGAUGCGAGUUGAAAUGCACCCUGGUGAAUCUCAGAGGAGUUUCAAGAGACCUUUGAGUUCAUUUGACAUAAAAGUUGAUUUGACAGAAGCGACACCUGGCUGUCAGGAAUGUAGGCAUGCAAAGAGGCAAAAGUUAGGUGAUGAAAGGAGCUCUCUUCGUCAAGGAUUUUCUUUGAACCAAUCAGAUGAUGAAGAUACUUGGUGGGUGAGGAAGGGACUUAAAUCCCAGGAGUCGUUCAAGGUGGAGCUGCCUCUUAAAUCAACUAAACUUCCCUCAAGGGGUAGGCAAAAAACUGCACGUAGAACACAAAGUCUAGCACAGCUGGCAGCUGCUAGGAUUGAAAGCAGCCAGGGGACAUCUACUAGUCAUGUAUGUGAUAACAAAGAGAGCUGUCCUCACCACAAAUCUGUCAGUGAAGGUGAUGUUCCUAAAGAUGUUGACCGGAUGAAAACAACACAUCUCAGCAAUAUUGUGAAGGCCAUAAAGCAGCUUAGAUGGCUUGAGAGGAGAUCCAUAUCAAUUUGGUUGUUAAAAACAAUCAGGCAGCUUGUUGAACAAAAUGAAAAACCUACUUCCAAGGUCAGUAAUUGUACUGGGAUCUUUUCUGUACUGACUGAUGAUAGAAAUGCUGUUCAAUGGAGGAUUGGUGAAGAUGAGCUAUUGUCCAUUCUGUGUAUAUUGGAUGUAGCUUCUGACCUAGUUUCAGCAGUAAAAUUCCUGCUAUGGUUGUUACCAAAGACUCUUGGUGGACCCAGCAUUGCUGUUCAUGCUGGGAGAAGUAUUAUUUUACCCCAAAAUACAGAAAACCAAGUCAGCCAAGUUGGGGAGGCAUUUCUUUUAUCAUCCCUGCAAAGGUAUGAAAAUAUACUUCUAGUGACAGAUCUUUUACCUGAAGUGCUAACUACUUUAAUGCAACGAACUGUUACCAUGGUGACAUCCAAUGGAAGGUCUUUUAGAGCAGCAUCUUUUGCCUAUGCUCGAAAUUUACUGAAGAAAUACAGAGAUGUGGCUAGUGUGACAAAAUGGGAAAAAACUUUUAGAGCUACAUGUGAUCAGAGGCUUCUUGCAGAACUCGAUGCUGGCCGAUCACUUGAUGGUGAUCUAGUGUUUUCUUCUGGAGUCCCUGCAGGUGUUGGAGACAUGGAUGAGUACCUCCGCCAAAAGAUGACUGGGAGAUUACCCAGGGGUAGCCCCAGCCUGAGAGAGAUGGUGCAACGACAUGUUGAGGAAGUUGUACGCUGUUUUUAUGGAAAAGAAAGAAAACCUUUUCCAGUCAGUAAUCCUAAAGGUCCAGUGUUAGAAAAUUGGGAAGACAGUAACCAAAUAGCGCAAGAUAUUGUUUUGGGCUUAUUAGACUGUAUUAGGCAAAAUGGUGGGGCAACUCUAGAAGGAGAUCCCUCUAUAGUGGCUUCUGCUGUUUCUGCAAUUGUUGGUAAUGUGGGGCCUUCUAUAUCAAAACUGCCAGAUUUUACAAGUGGUAGUUACCACAGUUUUUCAUCUGCAACAAAUUCGUUGAAUUGUGUACGACACAUCUUGCGCAUUCACAUAACCUCCCUCUGCUUGCUUAAGGAAGCUCUUGGAGAACGUCUGAGCUGUAUAUUUGAUAUAUCUUUGGCUACUGAAGCUUCUUCAGUCAUUUCUGGAGCUUUUGCUCCUGGAAAGACUCAUCGAAGUCAGUUUCAAACAUCUCCUGAAACUCAUGACAUAUAUGCAAGUCAUUCAAAUGAGAUAAUGAAGAACUCUGCAAAACUAUUUGUUGGAAGGGCUGCAAAAGCUGCAGCUUCCGUAUCUGCACUUGUUGUGGGGGCCAUUGUUCAUGGUGCUACUACCUUGGAAAGGAUGGUAACUGCCUUCAAAUUAAAGGAGGGAUUGGAUAUUCUGCAGUUCAUCAGGAGUGCAAGAUCCAGUUCAAAUGGGAUGUCCCGUUCUAUUGGCAGUUUGAAGCUGGAUCAUUGCAUUGAAGUAUAUGUACAUUGGUUCCGGCUCCUUGUUGGGAACUGCAGAACAGUUUCUGAUGGACUAGUUGCAGAAAUCCUUGGUGAAUCAUAUCUCUUAGCUCUUUCAAGGAUGCAGCGCAUGCUUCCACUAAAUUUGGUUUUACCUCCUGCUUACUCGAUCUUUGCAAUGGUCAUUUGGAGGCCAUAUCUUUUCAACAUCAAUAUUGCGACUCGUGAAGACAUCCAACUAUACCAGUAUUUAUCAGAGGCAAUUGGUGAUGCUAUAAGGCAUCUGCCAUUUCGAGAACUAUGUUUUCGAAAUACUCACGUACUUUAUGAUCUUGUAGCUACUGAUGUUGGCGAUUCUGAAUUUGCUGCAAUGCUUGAACUGCAUAAUCUGGAUAAACAUCUGAAAAUAAUGGCAUUUGUUCCUCUUCGGGCAAGGUUGUUUCUAAAUGCUCUCAUUGAUUGCAAAAUGCCUGCAUUUACAAUUAUAGAGGAAGAUGGAUCAUGGAUUUCAGGGCAUAAUGAACAAAGGGUUUUUAACCAAAAUGAGGCAAAGCUUCAAGAUCAGCUUGUGCAUGUUUUAGAUAAUUUGCAGGCUGCAAAGUUUCAUUGGCAGUGGGUUGAAUUGAGGCUUCUUUUGAAUGAGCAAGCUUUUAAUGAAAAAAUUGAGACUCAGAAGAUGUCCUUGGUAGAGGCAAUUCGAUCCCUAUCUCCUGAUUCUGGAAAUAACAUACUUUCUGAAAAUGAAAAGAAAUUUACUGAAAUUAUUCUUACAAGGACGCUAGUUAGACCUGAUGCAGCACUUCUUUAUUCAGAACUUGUCCAUCUGCUUGGAAAAUUGCAACAGGAGUCACUUGUGGUGGACAUAAAAUGGAUUUUAGGUGGUCAAGAUGUCCUUCUGGGACGGAAAUCCAUCAGGCAGCAGCUUAUGCAUGUCGCUCAGCGAAAUGGUCUUUCAACAAAGCCCCAGUUCUGGAAACCAUGGGGUUGGUCAAGUUCCACAAUUGAUGAUGUAGCUAACAGAGGUGAUAAGAGAAAGUUGGAAGCCAUUUCUAUUGAAGAAGGGGAACUUGUGGAUGAAUGCAUUGAUGUUAAAAGAUCUGGCAAAAUGAACUUUCACAGUAUUGAUGCCGAAGGCUUCAGUUCUGCCCAGCAGUAUAUAACUGAGAAAGCUCUUGCAGAAUUAACACUUCCAUGUAUAGACAGGAGUUCCAGUGAUAUACGGAAUUUAUUUGCAGCUGAGUUGAUAAAGCAGAUGGGUUCUAUUGAUCAACAAAUCAAUACUCGUGGUGGUAAUAAGCAGGCUACUGUGGUGUCUUCUGGAACUGAAGGUUCAUCAAACAAAGGCAGCACCCGCAAAGGUAUGCGUGGUGGAAGCCCUGUAUUGAGCAGACGAUCAACUGGAGCUAGUGAUUCUAUGCCAUUGUCUUCCACGGCACUGAAAGCAUCGUUGUGGUUGCGAUUGCAAUUUCUUUUGAGAUUGCUUCCUGUCGUUUACAAUGAUAGGGAACCAUCUACAAGGAACAUGAGGCAAAUGCUUGCAUCUAUCAUACUUCGAUUGCUUGGAACGAGAGUUGUGCACGAGGAUGCAAACCUGUCUCUUUCUACCAUGCAUGUAGGUUCUUUACAAAGGAAUGCAGAAUCAUUUUUGGAAGCUUCUGUUUCUGCCUCAUUGGAUUAUUCUAGUGAUAGCCUAUUUGAAAGGCUUUUGUGUGUCCUUCACGGCUUGCUCAGCAACUGCAAGCCGAGUUGGCUGAAGCCCAAGCCUACUUCCAAGUCAUCUGUUAAAUCUCCUCGAGAUUUUUCUGCAUUUGAUCGUGAGGCAGCAGAGAGCUUGCAGGCUGACUUGGACCGCAUGGAAUUGCCAGCAACAAUUCGGCAGCGUAUCCAAGCUGCAAUGCCAAUUCUCCCUCCAUUACUUCCUUUUUCCAGCUCAUUGUCUUCUGUGGCACUUGCGUCACUUCAGCCCAAUUCAUCCACUCCAGGCACCCACAAAAGAAUGCCUCCUACUACCCGGACUUCUACUAACCUAUCUGGCAGAAACAAAACAGUGCCAUCCCAGGAUCUGGACAUGGAAAUUGACCCGUGGAUGCUUUUGGAAGAUGGUACAGGCUCUGCCUGUACCUCAGGUGGUAACAACAACAUGCUUGGUGUUGGCGGGGAUCAUUCCAAUCUCAAGGCUUGCAGCUGGCUCAAGGGGGCUGUGAGAGUGAGAAGAAAGGAUCUUACAUAUAUUGGAGCAUUGGAUGAAGAUAGCUGACUCUUUUUCUUGUACAAUUAUCUGGCAAUGGAAGUCUGGCGCCAAUCUUACAGGCUUAUGUGGUUGGCUCUCAGAUCAAUGACAACGGGCUCUGUUCUCCCUUGCUCGCACAGACACAAGAUCUCUCUUGGGAGAAUGUUGGAGGGGUCUUCUAUUAAAAAACAUUGGCCAUGCCAUGCGGGCAAUUGGCUUUUCUCGGGCCAGGAAAACUAACGCUUCAAAGACCCCCAUUUUGCUGCCAUGCCCGCACUGAGGCUGUUGUAUAUAUAAGCACUAUUUAUUUAUUCCUCAAUCGAGAAUAGUAAAGCCAUUGACCAAUGACCUGUAGCUCUUAAUAUCCCAAACUCGUAUCUUUUUGUCACACUGUACUUUUAAAGAAAAGGUGGCCUGUGCCAUUGUGGGAAAGAUAUGUUGCACUAUCAUGAAAGGAAGUGGAAAAUGAUUGAAGAAUCAUGGAUUUAUAAAAAUGUGGUGCUUAGAAUGUAUUGCCAUAUUUAUCGUUAAUGCAGACGUUGUGCCUUACUGGGCUGUUCAAAU